CACAUGGAGUCGAGUUGUCGUCUCAGGUGACUGCAACACGUUAUGUUCUGCAUUACUCCAGUGUUUACGGUGAUAACGGGAGCUCGCCACGCAGAUUAAAGCCAGAAAAGGAAACCCUGUAAGUGUACGAGUCUGAUGGAGCGAUACGAGUCUCUCGGUCCGGUCGGGGAGGGCAGUUACGGCACCGUGCUCAAGUGCCGCCACCGAGACUCCGGCCGCCUCGUCGCCAUCAAGAAAUUCAUGGAUUCCGACGACGACAAGACUGUGAAGAAGAUCGCCCUCAGGGAGAUCAAGCUGCUCAGGCAACUCCGUCACGACAACCUGGUGAACCUCCUAGAAGUGUGGAAGCGUCGUCGCCGCUGGUAUCUGGUGUUUGAGUUUGUGGACCGGACGCUUCUGGAGGAGCUAGAGCAAAACCAGAGUGGACUGGACCUAAACACCAGCCGGCAGUACCUGUACCAGAUCCUGAGGGCCACCGCCUUCUGUCACCAGCAAAACAUCAUCCACCGUGACAUUAAACCAGAGAACAUCCUCAUCUCUCAAGGGGGUGUAGUCAAGCUCUGUGAUUUCGGCUUUGCCCGCACCAUGGCUUCGCCUUCUGAAGGCGCCGUCUACACCGAUUACGUAGCUACUCGUUGGUACAGAGCACCUGAACUGCUGGUGGGAGACAUUAAGUAUGGCAAACCAGUAGAUGUGUGGGCGUUGGGGUGCCUGUUAAUAGAGAUGUUAACCGGUCAACCUCUGUUUCCGGGAGAUUCUGACCUAGACCAGAUUUACCACAUCAUCAGGUGCUUCGGUAACCUGACGACUCAUCACAAGGAGUUGUUCUACAGAAAUCCCGUCUUUUCUGGAGUCACUCUGCCUGAAUGUUCUGUUCGAGUCCAGCUGCAUCAACGCUUCCCUACAAUUACACCUGCUGCCCUGGAUCUAGCACAGAGCUGUCUGGAAAUGGAUCCAGAAAGACGAGCUCAGUGUUCAGAGCUCUUAGAGCAUGUUCUCUUCACACAAGACUCUUUCCACAUCAGAUUUUUGGAUGAGUUGAAUGCUAAAAUCCAAAAAGACCACAGAGAAAAUUCUACCCUUCCCAAAAUAACCAAAAACCUAAGGCAAGAAAAGGAUGAUGGUGAUGAGAAAAACAGCAGAGGGAAAGAAAGGAAACCAUCAGAAGACACGGAUGAGAAAAUGAACAAAGAAAAGAUGGAGAAAACAAAAGGAAAACAACCUCCAAAGGUGUCAAAGACCAUCUGUAAUACCUCAGAGCCUUUGAUAGCCAUCAAACAACCCAAAACUAUUGCUAACAAGGGCAUCCAUAAUGCAGCGCAAUCGCCCAUGGCCAUGAAAAGUAAACUAGGAAAAGCCACUGGUGGAGAGUUGAGGAAGGGAACUGAGACUUCCAAGUCAACUAAAACCUUUACGUCUGAAACAUCAGACGCCCCCAGGACCACAGUGUACCUUAAGGACAGUAACAGAGUGGCCGCAAAACAUAAACAUGAAAAAGUCUUCUCUCCAAAACAGAUUGAGGACAAUCUAAAAAAUGUAAAUGACAGGAACUGUCGCUCAGACAACACAACGUCAAAUGCCACUGAGGCAAACAAGAUGGAGAUCUGUAGAUUGCCGAAAUCGGAGCCAAGUCAAGAGUUUGGGAAGAGCUGGAAUCAGACCAACACAAAAGUGCCCAGGUUGCCUAAAGGUUCAUCCACUGACCAUGCAAAUAUAAUCUCAUCUCCAAAAGUAUCCUUGGAAUCGGCUGUUGAUCGGACUGACACCAGCAUGGUACUUGAAUCAUCUAAAUCAUCAAACGCCAAUCACAUUGAGGUGAAUAUCAAGCCAUGCAAGACCAGCACUACUUCAGAGCACCAGACCGACCAACUGACAACUGACAUGGAGCAAAGGACCUCUGAAUGUCCAAACGCUCAACCCUCAAACCAUAAGUCAGUGACUUCAAACCCAAAAGCAAACAAGAACAUCUUGUCUUUCCCCACCAGUCCUUCAAAGACUCUUACCUCAGAUCUUUCAGUGCUGUCCUCUGCAGUUUUUCGAGAGACCAGUCCUUCCCACAGUGCUACAGUACUACCUCAAGGACUCUCAAAUCCAAAGGUGUCCAAAACUGACUUGACUACACAGAGGCUUUCAAAAGACAGGGCACUUACAGAAGACAAAGACCUGAAGGAGGAUCACGGAUUCUUGAAGGUGAACUUAAUGACCGCAAAAGCUGGAAAUGAGAGGAGUCCUGAAUCUCUAGAGCCCUCCUGUCUACAUCAACAACCAACUUCCAAGUCUAAGAUCAUCACAGAUGCCAGAACAACUGCAACCUCCAUGCUACAUAAAAACACAUCAGUAGGGACAAAUAUUCUGAAAACCCUCAAUGUCUCAAAUAAUGAGAUACAAGAGGAUUUAGCUCUUUCUGUGUCUAUCAGUCCAAUAAUGAUGUUUUCAGUAAAUCAGGCCUUGAAUAUUCCCAGAAGCAGCAGUGAGUUUGAAUCUGAUGUGGUAUCUUUAAAAGCCCCUUACUCUAAAUGUUUGGUCGGAGAACCUAAGACGAAGCCUGGAUCUUUUAGCAACAGCAUGAUAUCUACAGUGACACCAAAGACUCAGAAAACUACACUGGCAACAGAUCCAAGAACAAAAAGUGAAGACCCAGAAAAAAACGACCCUACAGAUUUGACUUCAGCUUCAUCUACAGUGUCUCCAGACCACAAAGCUUUGACGAGAAACUCCGUCAUUCCCCACAUGGACAUCGCAGACCUAAAUGACUUUGAUUUCAGAGUGCCUCUUUCUUCUCCACCUCCUCCUCCUCCACCGCCCUCUUCCACUCCUCUCUUCCUGCCUCCAUCUACCACAUCUGUCAUCCCCUCCAACAGCCCAGCUGCCAGUGAUCACCUUUCCUUUGGGGCAGGUUUCCAUCCUGGUACCCACAGUUUUAGGUGUGUUGACAAAUCAAGACAUCAUGGAGGCAUUUAUAGUCGACAGGCUCAACAGUUUCUGUCAAACCAUAUUACAGUAUCCCUCACCUCUCAGGCAUCAGAGAAGAGUCUGAUCUCCAACAGUAGUGGUGUUGCAGUGACCAAAAAUAAACCACACAUCCAUUUCCCGGAUCUAAGAAGCUCAGUGCUGACGGACCUCCGAAGAAGAGAAGGCAAACACAACAAAGGCACCACAAAGGAUCAGAGGAAAGACAAACAUCCACCCUCCAGUUCACCAUCACAACCACAGCAGCAGGGACACGACAGUACCGACUCAAACACGCAACAACUAACGCAAUAA